CCCGAUCCUUCGGGCAACGUUUUGCGUGGAAGUCAGGCGUCGUCGUCGUCAUUCUCACAGUACAUGCGCCCGACGCACCUCCGACGCAGCAUGGCAUCGAUCUCAGACCCGCUGAUCAAGGUUCACCUCUCGCUCGAGCACACGGCGGCGCGCGACGGCAGCGGCUUCCGCGUUGAGCGCGACGAGAGCGUCGACCCGCGCAAGCCACGGGCAAAGGUGCCCGGCGCGUCGUUCACCAAGGCCAUUUGCACGCCGCUGCCACAGCCCAAGCUCGUGUGCAUUGCACCUAGCGCGCUUCAGUUGCUGCAGCCAGCAGACGCGCCGCCGAUCGCCAAGCUCAGCGACGACGAGAAGACAUCGUGGCUGCAUCUCAUUGCUGGCACAGGGUCGCUCGAAGGCCUCGCGCACUGCUACGCAGGGCAUCAGUUUGGCCACUUUUCCGGCCAGCUCGGCGACGGCGCUGCGAUUCUCCUCGGCGGCGUGCCCGGCUAUGAGGCGCAGCUCAAGGGCGCGGGCCUGACAAACUACUCGCGCACGGCCGACGGGCGCAAGGUGCUGCGCUCGACGCUGCGCGAGUUCUUGGCCAGCGAGCACAUGCACGCGCUAGGUAUCCCAACGACACGCGCGGGCGGCGUCGCGGUCUCGACGUCCGAGACGGUCCUUCGCGACAAAUUCUACGACGGCAACGCCAGCCACGAGCCCGUCGCCACCGUCUUGCGCAUUGCCGAGACCUUUAUUCGGUUUGGCUCGUUCGAGCUCUUCAAGCCAGUGGACGCGACGACGGGUCGGAGCGGUCCGAGCGCCGAUCUGCCCACGGACACUAAAGAGGCCACGCUGCGCGCCAUGGUAUCGUUCGUGGCCGAGACGUACUAUGGACUAUCGCCCGAGAUGGCUUUUGAGGACAAAACGCAAGCUUUCCUGCAAGCGCUCUGCGAGCGCACGGCGCGGCUCGUGGCCAAGUGGCAAGCAGUCGGCUUUUGCCAUGGCGUACUCAACACGGACAACAUGAGCAUCGUGGGUGAUACGCUCGACUAUGGCCCGUACGGCUUUAUGGAGCAUUUCGACCCGCAGCACAUUUGCAACACGUCCGACUCGUCGGGUCGGUACGCCUACGCGGAGCAGCCCGAGAUUUGCAAGUGGAACCUUCACAACCUGGUGUCGCAGCUGACGCACUUGCUGCCGCCGCCGAUGCUGGACGCGCUCCACGCGCUCGUCGAGGCGACGUUUGACGAGGUGUACGCUACCGAAUUCUCCGCCCUCGUGCACGCCAAGCUCGGGCUGCUGGCCGACGGGACGUCGCGCGAGGUCAUUGGUGCGUGGUGGUCGACGCUCACCGAAACGCGCGCCGACUUCACCUGCGCCUUCCGGGCCCUCUCGCAGCUUCGCACGGCCGACGCCGCGACGACCGACGACGUCGUUGAAGGCCUCACAAGUGUGUCGCACACGCUGGCGCAAACCAAGGCAGCCCGCGCACCGAGCGUGUCGCCCGCGCAGCUUGUGCACCUGCGGGAUCUGCUCGAGAAGAGCCCGGCGCGCGCCGCACAGUACGGCAUCGACGCCGAGGUGCUCGCCAAACUCCAAGAGGACAUCACCGCGUACUCGAAGUUGCUCACGAGCGACUGGACGGACGCGUCGUUCCGGGACGUGCAGGCCGCCAAGUGGCGCGCGUGGGUAGAUGCGUAUGCGGCGCUGCUCGUGCAACAAAACUCGGCGUCGGACGACGACCGGCACCGGGCCAUGAACGCGGUCAACCCCAAGUUUACGCUCCGCAACCAUGUGGCGCAGGCGGUGAUCGAGGCGGCCGAGCGCGAUGACGACGCAUCGGUGCAACACAUUCUGCACCUGCUCCUCCACCCCUUUGAGGACGGUCUCUCGUGCGACAGCGCGCUGUACGCGACACCAUUGGACCCGAGCGCCCCGCCGCUCAUGGUGUCGUGCUCGUCGUAAGUGGAAGAGAAGUUGGAGGUCCUCGCUUGAAUUAAGGAAAUACUGUCUCGUGUUGCAG